AUCUACUUAGCCACUCGGACUACAUACUCAAGUUACAGAUAGAUAGAUUUUUUUGAUGCAAUUGCAGUCAUGUCUUGGCUUACAAAUCUAAUCCGAAUCUCAACAAUCAAAUCAUCAUCUUCUUCAUUCACUAAAUCACUUCCAAAUUUCGUAUUGAGCUCCCUCUUCCACUGCCACCAUUUCUCCACCCCUUCACCGUCUCCUCCCCAGUAUGCAGGCCUUGGGCCCACGAAGCCUGGUGAGAAGCCGAGGUUGGUGGUGCUGGGGUCAGGAUGGGCAGGGUGUCGGGUGAUGAAGGGCAUAGACACCAAAUUGUACGAUGUGGUGUGCGUUUCCCCUCGGAAUCACAUGGUCUUCACUCCUCUCCUCGCUUCCACUUGCGUCGGCACCCUCGAGUUCAGGUCUGUUGCCGAGCCCAUCGCCCGUAUUCAGCCUGCCAUUUCCACCGAACCCGGCUGCUUUUUCUUUCUCGCCAACUCCACCGCUCUUGAUACUCACAACCAUCUCGUGCAUUGCGAGACUGCUACCGAUGGAUCAAGUUCCGUGGAUCCUUGGAAGUUCAAUAUAUACUAUGACAAGUUGGUAAUAGCAUUGGGAGCUGACGCCACCACAUUUGGGAUACAUGGUGUCAAAGAGCAUGCUACUUUUCUUCGUGAAGUUCACCAUGCUCAAGAAAUUCGGAGGAAGCUACUCCUCAACUUGAUGCUUUCUGAUGUGCCUGGUAUUUCCGAAGAAGAGAAGAGCAGACUGUUACACUGUGUUGUUGUAGGAGGUGGUCCCACAGGAGUUGAAUUCAGUGGUGAACUCAGUGAUUUUAUCAUGAGAGACGUUCGCCAACGAUAUGCCCAUGUCAAAGAUUAUAUCCAUGUCACGCUGAUUGAGGCGAAUGAGAUAUUAUCUUCCUUUGAUGAUCGCCUCCGUCACUAUGCUACUAAGCAGUUGACAAAGUCAGGAGUCCGCCUUGUCCGUGGGAUUGUCAAAGAUGUUAAACCUCAGAAGCUAAUUCUAAGUGAUGGCUCAGAGGUUCCAUAUGGUCUAUUGGUUUGGUCUACCGGUGUUGGACCCUCACCUCUUGUGAAAUCUCUGGACCUCCCAAAAUCUCCAGGUGGAAGGAUCGGUGUUGAUCAGUGGCUAAGAGUCCCUUCUGUGCCAGAUGUAUUUGCUAUUGGUGACUGCAGUGGGUUUCUAGAAAGUACCGGUAAACCAGUUCUUCCAGCUUUGGCUCAGGUUGCAGAGCGACAAGGAAAAUAUCGUAUUUCCUUCCGAAUUCACUGAUGGAGGGCAUGCAAACAGUUGUGCAGAUGAAGAAUUGGGAGAUGCAUUUAUUUACAGACAUAUGGGAAGCAUGGCAACUAUAGGGAGAUAUAAAGCUCUUGUUGAUCUUAAUAGGCAGAGUAAAGUGAGUAUGCAUUCACUGACUACCCUUUUGGCUUAAGCUAUAGAGUUAAAAUUGGACAACUCACCAUUUUGGCAGGAUUUGCAAGUUGGUUUAUAUGGCGUUCUGCAUAUCAGACGUGUAAUAAGCUGGAGGAACAGAUUCUAUGUAGCUAUCAACUGGGGCACAACUCUUGUGUGUGGUCGUGAUAUAAGCAGAAUUUAGGCCUGAAAAGAGGUGUGUCAUUUUAGUAUUUGGGGACUACUUUUUUGUGGUUUGCAGCUUCUUAGCUUUAGCAUAAGAAUUUUGUUUGGAUUUUUAGUAUUUAGGGCCACAAUUCCUAUGAUUCAUACAAGUUGCAUCAUUUUGUUUGGAGUCUUAUCUCCUAAUGAAUGGUUGGAUACCAAACUGCAGGCGUGUAAUCUCUUGUCAGCUCUCUGGGCAUUUGAUCAAUACCAUUAAAUCACCGUUUCUUUGUGAAGAUAUUCAAUAAGGUUAUCAUUUGUUGUUUGUCCGAAUUUGGUAUUGUUUUUGUAAUAACCAGCAUUUGUAUGUAAGAUAUUUUGAGAGCAGAUGAAUAGGCUUUUAUGCAAAGUUUAGUA